AUGACCGCCGAGACAGACCUUUCCAAAAUAUUCCCAAAAUCCACAGGGAUUAUGUCCUUCAAAGUAGAACAAAAUGAAUUAAUAUGUCAGUUUGCUGAACUGGUCAAGGCUUACUAUGAUAAAGUGCUUGCUUUGAUGCAGGCUGAGGAUCCUACACCCCUGACUAUCCCCAUGCAAAUAGUAUGGAGUCAAGAAUUUGCAGGACAAGAUAGUCGAGUACAACAACUCUCGCUUGUAACAGGCGAACAGUCCUCUGUUUCAUCAUUGAUGUUGGUGACAACUGACAAUGUUCUAACAGAUGUAGACAAACUGAAUUAUUCAGACGAUGCAGGUAUUAGAACAGUGUCUAUCCAAGUAGGAACGGAACGGUUCCCACAAGGGAAGGCUAUUGGACAUGGCUCUGAGAAAACAGGAUCUGUCUCUACUAUUGACCCUGAGAUGUAUGCAUUGAGUCAACAUAACAAGGAUUUCAAUGAUGUGAAGUUUGCGCCCACUAUGUCUGAUUUGAAAGGAUGGACUCUAGGAGACAAAAAGAUAAAACAUUGGUCAUUGUAA